ACCAACAAACGUCACCAUCUUUAAAGUACCCUGCUGGGUCUGCGACUACCGGGCAGCCUUAUCGUUAGUAGGUCGCUCCGAGUGUACCGAGCAACCUGACUAAUUUUUCAUACGUUGGCGUAUCGUCAGACGGACGGACUACCACAGUUAGAAUGGGCGUCGACCUCCCUGAUGGUUUGCGUGGAUAUUUGCAAAAAUGGACCAAUUACAUUAAAGGCUAUCAAAAACGUUGGUUCGUUUUACAGAAUGGAUUUGUUUCGUAUUACCGCAACCAGGCUGAAAUGGCUCAUACAUGUCGAGGCACGAUUAAUUUGGUCAACGCUACCGUUACGAGUACUGGGUCCACUACCUUUCUGAUAUCAAACAGCAACGCACAAACUUUUCAUUUGAAGGCAUCCAGUGAAGCGGAGCAACGAAGGUGGGUUUCCGCUAUCCUAUCAGCCAAGUCGAAAGCACUGGCGUCUAGAAAGCAUGGGGAUGACUCGGAUGCGUUCACGGAGGGAGAGGAUGAUGAUGAAUAUAAAAAUUCCACAAUUAGCGCCGAUGAUGCUUUCCGCAUUAUUAACCUCACAAUUGCAAAGAUGGAUAAUCAUCUCUCAAAUUUGAAACGGCACCAAGAGAUUCUUUCUCGCAAAAGUGACGAACUUCAGCAUGCUGUUACAGAGCUCGAAAGCGUCCGUAAUCCCUCCGAGCUCGUUGAACGUUUUGGCGCUGUCCGCGAACGCAUCAUGGUGUUCAAGGUCGUUAGCACAGCGAUGGUAAACGCGUGUACAGAGUUCACGGAAGGUGGACACAGUCAGAUUCAACGGUGGCGACGUGUAUUCAACGGUCAGCGAGAACGGUGUGCCGUUUUGGAGCAAAUGGUCGAACAAUUAGCGAGACAACUACGUCAUUUGGAAACGCUCGUGAGGCAGAAAAAUCCACAUGCUUCAUUGCUUUCAUACGGCUCAAACCCCAACGCCCCUGGGACCACCGGCAGCACGCGACCUACUAACAGUAACUACAGUCACUUUUCCACGUUUCCGGGCCAGGCUAUUCGGAUAACUGAAGGGAGUUCUGUCCCUCUCGUUCUUAGAACAUUCCCUACAACCACGGUUCCCCCCACCUCCACGGUGUGUCCGGUUUCUUCAAGCGUCUCCUCCUCCGCUGUGAUAUCAUCUCCAACUACUGUGUCGCAGUUGAGUCCAGAGACCGAAUCCGCCGCUCGUCCUGAUGGUUUACCUGUUUCUACCCGCAAUACUUCUAGAGAUAGCUCGGACGAAGACUUUUUCGAUGCAGAAGAAGUCUCUGAAUUCUCUGUUUAUUUGCCAGAACCCUCUGCGGAGGCGAGCAAAGCCGUCGACAGUAGGGUACACGAAAAACCUAAGGAUGAUACACGUUCAGUGGAAACUAGAGGUUAUUCUAGAGACGACGACGAUUCUUCCACCCCACCUAUCAACGAAGCUGCCUACGAAUACGAAUCGGAUGCUGACCUAACAGAGGAAGAGUCUUACCCUUGCUAUCCUCAGGAAUUUGAUUUGAAGACGGCCAAGGGAUUGCGCGAGGCUCGUGUUAUUCAGGCGCGGUCUAAAGGUGACAAUCAACCAUCCACUCUAGCUUCGUCGCAUGGCUCCGCUUAUGACCGCACUUCGGAAGAAGCAAAAGGAGUGCUCGCGUCAGAGACGGCAACCACGACUAUUUACGUCCCUGUACGCAAAAAUGUGUUCAAACGUCGGACAACUAUACCACCAAGACCAAAUUACAGUUUAAAUUUGUGGAGCAUCAUGAAGAACUGCAUCGGAAAGGAGCUGACGAAAAUCCCUAUGCCCGUGAAUUUCAGCGAACCGUUGUCCAUGCUUCAACGCUUGACGGAAGAUUUUGAGUAUUCCAUCUGUCUUGAUCGCGCUGCCCUGUGUCAGGAUUCUUUGGAGCAGAUGGCAUACGUGGCCGCUUUCACGGUGUCAUCCUACGCAACAACUGCUGUCAGAGUGAACAAGCCGUUCAAUCCGCUCCUCGGUGAAACAUACGAGUGUGAUCGUACGGAUGAUUUAGGAUGGCGGUCUAUCGCCGAGCAGGUUAGCCAUCAUCCUCCAAAAUGCGCACUCUAUUGUGAAAACAAUGCUUGGUAUUGCUGGUUCGAUUUUUCCAUGAGCACAAAAUUUCGUGGCAAAUAUCUGCAAAUCAAUCCAAUCGGCACGUGCCAUUUGGUGUUCCGCAACACAGGAUACCACUACACUUGGAAGAAAAUUCCCAUGACUGUGCAUAACAUCAUCGUUGGCCGUUUAUGGAUCGAUAACAGCGGCGAAAUGGACAUCAUAAAUCACAGUCUGGGUGAAAAAUGUCAUCUUUCCUACAAAGCCUAUUCUUAUUUCUCCAACGAGACACCUCGCCGAACCAUUUCGUGCACCACUGUGGUCUCCAAUUGGAGCCAUCUGCGCUGGACCGGUCACCCUGUUCACAUGACUUUUGGCUAGCUGCUCCGAUGUGUUUGCCGUUCGGUAUCCAGUUGAACAGUCUCACGGUGGUUAGGCGUUGACUUGUCGGAUGAGCAUGAAGCUGGCAGGUCGAUGGAGUCGUGUUGAAUUACACCAUCUUGUUAGACGGAGGCUUCAAGAUCGGUCCACUGACUGUGCCAUAUUUGUCACGGGGGCUGUAACUGACCGAUCUGGAGCGGUCCGGUACAUUAUCAAUGGCACAUGGGACACUUCUCUGGAGUAUGCUCCCGUUUUGACUUCAAGGACCACUCGCAAUGGAAAACCGGUAUUGGAAACCGGUGACUCUCGCUUAUUGUGGCAGUGUUCUACAUUGCCUCCUGAUGCUGACCGAAUGUAUUUUUUCACCUAUUUGGCACUUCAAUUAAAUGAGGAAGAGGAAGGAGUAUGCCCCACUGACUGUCGUUUCAGACCGGAUCAACGUCUGAUGGAGCUCGGUAAGUGGGAUGAAGCGAACAGAGAGAAGGUGAUGCUCGAAGAAAAGCAACGCGACCGUCGUCGUCAAGCUGCCACCGAGUUGGCGAAAAGGUCCAUUAAGAAAACCACUGAUACCCGACAGGACAUGGACCCCAAUUCGAACACCUUCACCGCCAUAGAAUGCCUCAGUCCUGCUUACAUCAGUAGCUUUCUCGACCAGGUUGAUGACGAACAUAAACCGCUUUGGUUUGAGAGAAGAGCUGAUAACGUCACUGGUGAGGUGUCCUAUCAUUUCAACGGCAAAUACUGGGAUCAAAAAGCCAAAUCCGACUGGUCCAUGUGUCCGAAGAUAUAUUGAUAGAUCUCGCGCCCCAUUCUCUAGCCAGCAGCAUUCUUAAUGGAUACACCAAUGGCGUUUCUUUUCCUACGAUUGCUCCUAUUGCUCUGCCAACCAACCAGAUCAACGAAUAUAGAAAUACUUGAAAGAAGUCGGAGGCCAGUCAACUUCCUGCGCUGCAGCCGAUUUCGUGGCUCUGAUUAGCCGUGCUUCUUAUCCGUCUGCGUUGUCCCCUUCCAAUGAGGGUUAGCCGGUUUUUACUUGUUUUUGUCAACAUCCAAUGAUCAACUAUCACUGCUAUCUAUUUUCAGACAGUAUUACUUCUUUCUGAACAUUUAUAUGUUCCUUACCUUGUUGGUCAUCAUUCCCUCUCACUGGACGCGUCACUACUCCGCUCCAACUCCAACCAGUGUUGGACAGACGAUGACCGAAGUCAUCUCAUAGUUGCUUUCACAACCGUUGCCACAUCGUGAUAUUUAAUGAAAACCAGCAACAGGAAUUUUCAGUUGCAAUCAUUUGUAUGAUACAGACGCUGUGGAAUGACUCCACUUCCAACCCGGAAUCGUCAUGGUCUGGUGAUUUACUCAUUGUUUGUCCCACUAUCGGUACUCGGUGUUCUCGUGGAUGUGUGCGUGUGUGUGUGUGUGUGGUACAUACAUAACGUCAGCCCU